AAUAUCCAUCCCCCUCAGCCUAACUACAAAAAAAACUCGCGAACCAGCGUUUCGUUUCUUCCUCCAAAUCAAGGCAAACACAAUUCAUCGAUGAUGCGACGUCGUUUAGCAGCAUACAAGCUAGCGUUCUGUCUCCUAAUCCUCACCCUCCUGCCUCUCUCUCUAACCGCUCGUCCUUUCGUUCUCCUACUCUCUCAAGACGACCUCAAAGACGCCGCCACAACCGCCGUCGACUCCGACGACUCCUCUGCCGAUUCACCGCCGGAAUGGGACGAGUUCGGAGACUCCGAUUCGAAACCAGAACACGAACUCGACCCUGGCUCAUGGCGACUAAUCUUCGAACCGGAUUCAUCAGCGCCUGGGGCUGACAGUGAUCCGGAAAUGUCGGAGUAUUAUUCUGGUGUAGAGAAGAUGUUGACUGCUGUAAGCGGUGGCGGAGGAGGAGGAGAAGUUAGGUUAAUGGAGGAAGCGGUAGCGGAGAUCGAGAGUGCAAGCUUGAAUGGGAAUCCUCAUGCGCAGUCAGUGUUAGGCUUCUUGUACGGGUUAGGGCAAAUGAAAGAAAGAUAUAAAGGGAAAGCGUUUUUAUAUCAUCAUUUUGCUGCUGAAGGUGGUAAUAUGCAGUCUAAGAUGGCUCUUGCUUAUACCUAUUCUCGUCAAGAUAUGUAUGAUAAAGCUGUGAAAUUAUAUGCUGAGUUAGCUGAAGUAGCUGUGAAUAGUUUUUUGAUCUCCAAGGAUUCACCUGUUAUUGAACCUGUUAGAAUUCACAAUGGAGCUGAAGAGAACAAGGAGGCUCUGAGGAAGUCUAAAGGGGAAGAGGAUGAAGAUUUCCAGAUUUUGGAAUAUCAGGCUCAGAAGGGAAAUGCUGGAGCGAUGUAUAAGAUCGGCCUGUUUUACUACUUUGGAUUGAGAGGGUUGAGGCGUGACCAUGCAAAAGCAUUGUCAUGGUUCUCAAAGGCUGUAAAGAAGGGGGAGCCCAGAUCCAUGGAACUCCUUGGGGAAAUAUAUGCAAGGGGAGCUGGAGUUGAAAGGAACUACACCAAAGCGCUAGAAUGGCUUACACUUGCUUCAAAGCAGCAACUUUAUUCAGCUUACAACGGGAUGGGGUAUUUAUAUGUCAAAGGUUAUGGAGUGGAGAAAAAGAAUUUCACCAAGGCAAAAGAAUAUUUUGAGAAGGCUGCUGACAAUGAAGAAGCUGGAGGACACUACAACCUGGGCGUUAUGUAUUUUAAAGGGAUUGGUGUAAAGAGAGAUGUAAAGUUGGCAUGCAAGUAUUUUAUUGUGGCUGCUAAUGCUGGUCAACCAAAGGCAUUUUACCAGCUUGCAAAGAUGUUUCACACGGGUGUUGGGCUUAAGAAGGACCUCACUAUGGCUACUGCAUUAUACAAACUAGUAGCAGAACGUGGACCAUGGAGCACCUUGUCUAGAUGGGCCCUAGAAUCAUACUUAAAAGGUAAUGUAGGCAAGGCAUUCCUGCUUUAUUCAAGGAUGGCUGAGCUAGGAUAUGAGAUUGCCCAGAGUAAUGCUGCAUGGAUUCUUGAUAAAUAUGGGGAUCGUAGCAUGUGCAUGGGAGAGUCCGGAUUCUGUACGGAUUCAGAAAGACACCAGCGUGCACAUUCUCUGUGGUGGCAAGCUUCCGAGCAGGGUAAUGAGCAUGCUGCUUUGCUGAUUGGUGAUGCAUAUUAUUAUGGCCGGGGUACUGAGAGGGACUAUGAACGUGCUGCCGAGGCUUACAUGCAUGCCAAAUCUCAGUCUAAUGCACAAGCAAUGUUCAACCUUGGAUACAUGCAUGAGCAUGGUCAAGGACUUCCAUCUGAUCUCCAUCUAGCUAAACGUUAUUAUGAUCAAGCCUUAGAGAUUGAUCCUGCGGCAAAGUUGCCUGUUACAUUGGCCCUAACAAGCUUGUGGGUGCGGAGGAACUAUGCAGAUAGUUUCCUGGUGGAGAUGAUGGAUUCAUUACCAGGAGUGUACCCAAAAGUUGAAGCAUGGGUGGAGAAUGUGAUCAUGGAGGAAGGAAAUGCAACAAUUCUCACCCUUUUUGUAUGUCUACUCACAGUCCUUUACUUUCGGGAGAGGCAACGGAGGCAUGCUGGUGCUGCUGUACCAGCGGAUCAUGCAGCACCUCCUCUACGCGAUCUGAAUCUCCAUUAAAUCAUCUCUGUGAUUAAAUCUAUGUACAGCCAUUGGAGAGUGCCUCGUUUUUAGGCGAAAAAAGAAUGACAGGAGGGAGGCCCAAAAAUUAGCCGGCCAUUUUACCUUACAUAAUAGGAACAUGACUUGUACUGUCGUGUUUUAAUAGCGUAGCUGUAUGAGGAAUAUAAUUUGAGGAACAAAUCUAAUUGCUUUUUUCAACAUGUAUGUAGAAUAAUCGAACCAUUUGGUUGUAGCAUCAGAUGGCAGCAGUUUAUAGUACUCUUUUUUUUCUUUC